CUUGACAUUUGACAAAACAACUCUACUAUUCGAUGCUUAAAUUAUAAUUUUCUGAUAUAUUGCUUAAUAAAUUUAGAAACGUGUACAGAAUGUGGCAGGCUCAGCAAAUAGCAGCAAUCCAAAUUGCGAAUCAAAUGCUUUACGCAAUGUCGGCACCCCCAAGCUAUUCGCUGAAUCAACGUCCGCCGCACUUAGGUUCGUCAGCUUAUGAUGAUACGGCCGCAGACACAGACGGUGAAGAUGAUGAAAAGUUACGUACGCUGUUUGUUGGAAAUUUAGAUGAUCGCGUUUCGGAAGAUUUACUCUAUGAAGUUUUUCUACAAGCUGGUCCUCUGGAGUCUGUACGUCUACCAAAAGACAAUGGCGGUCGUACGCGCGGCUUUGGUUUUGUUGUUUACUCACAUCGUUGCACGCCAAUUUAUGCUGUGCAAUUAUUUGCUGGCCUGAUGCUUUUCCGCAAAAUGUUAACAAUUAAAGCACAAGGUGACACAAAUGCGUCAAAUAAGCGUCGUUCGUUUCCCAAUGAUUGUGAGCGCUACAUGCAUCGGCCGGGUGAUAAUAGCAUGCUACGCAGUACAAGUUAUCCAAGUUUCUAUGAUCCAGCUAUGAAUGAUCUUUCAACCUCACCGCAAUCAUCUAAUCCGUUUCGUAUGAAUUCGCCCGAUUCGCCCAGUACACAUAGUAGGAGUCGGGAAAGAGGAAAUAGAGAACGAGAGCGUGAUAGAGAUAGAGAUGUUGACAGAGAUUGGGUCACUAACCAUUCUAAUAAACAUUCUCGCUCGCAUCCUUACAGACGUGAUGAACGUCGUGAACGAGGUGAAAGUAACCGGAAACGUAGGUAACAGUUGGAACAGGAUUUGAAGGCGUUUUGCAUCAAUAUACUCUAAGCAAAAUAAUACUAUUCAACAUGAAAAUUUGCAAUGGAAAAAGAUAAGAUUUUAAAUAAGUAAAUUUUUAUAGUGACCCGGCUAAAUAUUAGCGUAAACGUAAUUCUGUAUUUUAAGGUAGUCAAUAAGUAAAUUGCAAGUCCGUAUAAAAAAUGCAAUCUGUAAAUAUAAAAAAUCAAAUUUUGGUAAUAAUAAUAAUAAUAAAAAAAA